AUGGCUUCCUAUGGUGCUAAUCUACCCUGGACAUCGACAUUGUACAUGAUCGGACUCUUUGGAACGGGUGCUAUCAUCAUGCGCGGAGCUGGUUGCACCAUUAACGAUCUUUGGGACCGUAACAUUGACAAGAAAGUCGAACGAACAAGAGUCCGUCCAUUGGCUUCUGGUGCGGUGACACCUAAGCAAGCAAUAGCAUUCUUGGGUCUGCAACUUGGUGUGGGACUUGCCGUGUUGACCCAGCUCAAUAUGUACAGCAUCCUCUUGGGAGCAUCUUCAUUGUCACUCGUGGUUACAUACCCAGCCAUGAAACGUAUCACAUACUGGCCACAGAUGGUAUUAGGCUUGGCCUUUAACUGGGGCGCUCUUCUCGGAUCAUCUGCCAUGUUAGGUACGACCAAUUGGGGGGUCGCUCUUCCACUUUACGCCUCAGGUGUUUGCUGGACCCUCGUAUACGAUACCAUUUAUGCUCAUCAGGAUAAAAAGGACGAUAUCAAGAUCGGAGUCAAAUCAACUGCGCUACGGUUCGGGGAGAAAACUCCCCAGUUCUUGGCUGCGUUCUCCACGGGCAUGAUUUCCAUGUUGGCGCUGGCCGGCUACAUGAAUGACCAGGGGCCUCUAUUCUAUGCACUCUCUGUGGGUGGAGCUGCAACGCAUUUGACAUGGCAACUGAAGACUGUUGACUAUGAGAAUACUGCUGAUUGCUGGAGCAAGUUUGCCAGCAACAAAUGGACUGGUGCUUUGGUGUUCAGCGGUAUUGCUAGUGACUAUUUAUACCAGAUACUGAUCUGA